GACGUUCAGAGCAGGAGCCGAAGCAUGAGAUACAAAGGUGUGUCACAAAGUGUCCUCCUGGUCCUCACGCUUUCAUUAUUGUGCUCAGAGUGGAGAAAUUCACAGAGCAGGAGACGACUGUCAUCAGGAAACUGCAGGAGUGUUUUUCAGCAGAGGUAUUUAAAUAUUCUACAGUUGUCUUCACGGAUGGUGACCAGUUACCUGACAGAAUGAGCAUCAUGGAGUUCAUCACAAAUAAUAAGCCUCUGAAAGAUUUGGUAGACAAGUGUGGUGGUCGGUGCCACGUUGUAGAUAAUAAGUACUGGAAAAAUCAGCAAGACGAGUACAGGAACAACCAGUUCCAGGUGACACAGCUGGUCAACACAAUACAGAACAUGCUGAUGGAAAAUGAAGGAGGCAGCUACACCACUGAGAUGCUGAAAGACUGGCAGAGACAACAAGAAGAGCGCAGUAAACCAUCAUCAUUAUCAGCCUCUCUCCACAGAGUCUACAGACUUUUGACCAAAUACACAACCAAAAAAUCUGUCAAAG